AUGGCUACAAGGUAAAAUUAAUUUUGGAAUACACAAUAAUGCUAAUGAGCCCUUCUCACUGAGGUUUCUCAUCUUGAUUCGCUGUAGACUUGAGAGACUUUUUCUCCUUCUCGACACUGGCUCCACUGCUGUGACACGGAAAGCUGCAGCCCAACAGCUUGGUGAAGUGCAAAAAUUACAUCCUCACGAGCUACAGAAUCUUCUGAACAGGGUAGGUGUUUUCUCCUUCCGGUUCUUGUUUGAGAUGUCAAUGAGAUCGCAAGACGUCUCGCUUACCAUUCUUUAGUUAAAACAGUUGUUAAUAAUUUAGAGAAAUUCGAUGUUAUUUAGGGUCACCACAAAUUAAAAAAUCACCGAAAAUUUACUACUGUUAUUUCGGUCUACAAUUGAUUACACGUACAUUUAUGGUCAAUACCUUAGCUAAUAAUUUUGUGCUAAAUCCUUUAUGUUUUCAAAAGAGCAAGGUAAGAAAGAGUGUAGGGUCUCUCUUUAUUGUCUUAACCCAUGUACAUAGCUUUGUGAAUCACUGAAAAUUGCAUUUUUUCUUGUUUUCGGUAUCGAAAUGGGAUGUUUAUACUUAAAAUUCGACUUGCUUUCUCAUACUUGUAAACUGAAUGAUUCGUUGACCCAUGAACCCCUUAGAGUGACCGGUUUCUAAUUUCUCUAUACAAUAUCACCCUUGUAUCAAUUAUAAAGGUCCUGUGCAUAAAGGAAAUGAUCACCAAUUUUGUCACACAAAUUCUUCUUGUCAGAACCACAGGAAAUGUAAAGGAAAAGUGUGGAGAAUAUGAGCAAUAGAAUAAUGGAUAAACAUUUUCUAGCUACCUGUAUUAAAUAUUAUGUUCAACAGGUUCAUGUAUAUCUGAAGAGUAGCAGUUGGGAGACAAGGAUUGCAGCAGGUCAGGCCAUUGAGGCUAUUGCACAGAAUGUACCUCUAUGGAACCCAGUAGCUGUGCAAAACAUCAAAGGUAAGGUUUGUCAAAGUACUCCUUGAUUGAGCAAAACUAAAUUAAAACAAUGACCAAUCACAGUAAAGGGAAAUGUCUCAUGGAUGCAAUUAGAGCUCAAAGUGAAAACAUGUUGACACCCUCGAUUAGAAUGAAACCUGAGCAAGGAAAUUGGGUUUUUUUCUUUUAGUUUUGCAUCUACUUGGUUAGGAGAAUAACCUCAAGUUUACUUGAUAAAUUAUAGCAAUGCAAAUCAAAGCCAAUGUGAUCAUGGAUUAUUUUUUAUACUCUCUACAAAAAAAGUAUUCAUCAACUACACAUGCACACUGAAUUUGAUUCCUCAUAAUUUUGAUGAAUUAAUAUGAUUGAUGCUGGCAAAAAUAAAGUAUUAUAUGGUCAUGAAAGUAUAUAAAAAUGUGAAUUUUGAGAUCUGAAAUUUGUUGAGACUUUUGAAUAGUUUUCUCUUUAAACUUGUUGAGUUACUGGAUCAAAGAAUAACUUAUUUCCACAGGUGUGUAAGACUUAGAGAGAGACAUCAAUUAUGACAUUUCAUAUCUCUUCCUUUUUGUGUGAAGAAUUCCUGGAGUUUUCUAACAUCUAGAGUUGCCUAAAGUUAAUUCUAAGUUCCAUUUUUUGCUAUGGAUACUGAGCAACUAUUUGCUUGUCUGCUAGGCAAACCUUGACUUGCUUUCACAGGAAAUUCAGUAGUUGGAUGAUACAUUAAGUUAUUUUUUGGUCAACCACAGUUGAGCCAUCAGAAAGAAACAGGUCAGAGACAAUCAAGGAAGCAGUUACAAAUGAGCUACUAGAGUUUUCCAAGUUUGAUAUCAAUCGUGUUUUGAAACAUGGGGAGCGUUUGGUUGGCUCAUCAGGGGCUGAGUACGACCUUCCUGAGGAAGAUCUUAUGGGUAAGAAACAUGAUUUAUCACAGAUAUAACAACUUUUUGUGAAUUUGCCUUUAAUUUGUUUAAUAACAUUUAUUUAUGCUUAGGUAGUGUUCCCUUGCACUUUAUUAUUACAUGCAAAUAGUCCAAAAGUGAUGAGGAUGGGUGUCUAUCAUAUGCAUCUUUUUAUAGGCUAUAUUUUAAAGUUUACCCUUGAGUUUUAAGAAUUUAAUUUUUAAGUCAAACCUUCAGAAUUAGUAAAACUGAGGUUUCAGUGCUGGACUAGCUUUUAACCCUUUAACUCCCAUGAGUGACCAAGACAUAAUUUCUCCUUUUAAUAUCAAUACAAUAUCAACCAGAUAGGUGAUGAGAAUAAAGAAAAAUGUCAAUUUGGGGAUAAUUAGUUGAUCCAAUACUAAAUUCUCUGACCUAACAUUAUAAGAAUUGUAUUGUUUACAAUAAGGAGAAAGACAAAUUUGAUCUGGGAGUUAAAGGGUUAAGGGUUAGGGCUAACUUGUUGAAGAUGUUUCUUUGACCCAGGCCUUUAACCCUCAUGAAUGACCAAGGUGAAAUUUCUCAUUUCAACAUCAAUACAACUUUGAGCAGACAAGUAAUGAGAAUAAAGAAAGAUAUCAAUUGGGAGAUUAUUAAUUAAUGCAAUACAUUAUUCUCCAUACUAAUAUUACAUUAUAAUUAUUAAUAUUAUUAUGUGACAGACAGCAAGGGGAAUAACUAAAGGGAUUUAGGAGUUAAAGGGUCAAGUAUAAUGAAAUAUGGUUGAGCAUUCCCAGAUGUGUAAGUUAAUCCUAGUGAUUAGUUUUAUCAUUGUGAUGUUCAUUUUGUUAUUAAUUCCAAUAAGGGUGACUUCAGGAAUAAAAGAAAGUCUUCAAGAUGACUUUAAAAAGGCAUUUAAAUAUUGAAUGUCUAGCCCAGUUACGUGAACAACCUACCAUGUCCAGGUUUAUUUUGGAUUUAAUAUUCUUCUACUGGCCAGAAGAAUAUUGAAACAACAAUUUAAUCAAGAAUUCAACAUUCACAUAUGUGUCUGUAAGUUUGUUGGUUAGAUGGAGCAGUGAUAAGUUUUUUGUGGUUCUGACUUUAAUUUUUUUUAAGGCCUUGAACCAAAAGAGAGGCUAAACAGACAGCAGAAACUUCUCAGAAAGCGCCUUGGCUUGGAUAUUGCUCCUGGAAUUGAUGUUGGAAUGGACAAAUUAUUUGAUGAUGAGGAUCUCUUGGUGAACACCCAUGUGACCAAGGGGAAAGCUUUGACAAAACAAAAGUCCUUUGAGGUGAUACAAUUUAUAUAGUGAUGUAAAUGCCUAUACAUGUUUCCAUAAAAAAGUUAUUGUUUUACUAUUUCUCUUUAUGAUCUUUUUUCAAUCAUUCCUUUCAGUUGUUGUGUUAAAAUACUGUUAACACCUACUAUGGGUUUUGUGUUUAUAAGGGGCUGGUCUGUUUUGUUGUGACUGGAAAUGAUUUUUUAUUUUAUAAUUGAAAUUAUGAUGAAUUAAGUAGCCUUAAACUGUUAUCUUUAAUUACUAAAUUAUUGUUGUCUUUUUUUUGAGUCCUCAACAUAAUUUUCUGCUUCUCACUUUUUAACUGAAUGAAAAGACUGAAUAAAGCUGACAGGUGUUCUAACAAUACUGUGUAUUACAUCUUGUUUCCCAAGUCAGGGAAGGUUAUAAAAUAUAUUGGCUCAUUUUUCAUUGGUCUGAAAGUGUCUAAGAGUCCCGUGUAAUCCUGAGUAAUUCAAUGUGAAACAAGUUUAAAAUGAUAAUUGUUUUGUUUUCCUUUUUACCUAUUAGAGUGCUGCUAAUGUAGUAGCAGCUGAGAUAGCUGCAAUUAGUUCAUCAGCUGGGUUGAGCUCAAGAGAAAAGAACAGAGCCAAACGAAAAGCAAAAAUGCUUGCCAAGCAGAGAUCAAAGGAAGCAUCCAAAGAGGGGGAGUCUGCUCAAGGGUCAUUUAAUGACAGUGUUAGGUAAUCAAGGGAAUAAAUUUAUCGUACAUAUAAUUAUACAUGUAAUAGAGCUCGACUUGUGGCUGUCCUGUCAAAGUCCUGUCUUUUGUAAACUCCUCACUUUUUCUUAUGUUUAUGUGUAAACCACUUAUUUCCUUCUGGUGCUUGUAAGCUGUGUUGUGGAAGGAAUGAAGAAUAUCAUCUAAACAGGCUCAGAUGCAAAAAGAGUGUGUGUCUCUUACAGUUCAAUGUAAAUUUCAGGCAAAACUACCAUACGGAAGGUGGGCUAUUUUAAUAUCAAUAAAACUAAGGAAAUGAAAGCAAAUCAGUUUCAAAAUGAGUUUGAUCUAACAUUCAUUUACAUGUUACAGUAUUUUAAAGUGUGACUUAAUUAUUUGCAUAUUCUAACUUGAUGACAUUUAUUUUGGUUAUCACUCAUGUUUUGUUUUGUUUUUCUUGUCCAAAAUAGUAUAGAUAAUGACCAGGAAACAGAACAUGGUUCAGCUUCCAAAAAACGGAAGACAGCCAGUGUCAUUGUUGAUCAGCCAGCAGAGUCUGAUAAGAUGGUUGUGGAUCAGGUUACUGAUGUCAUGGCAACAUUUGAAGAGGUUUGUUAUUGUAUAGUUCCUGAACAAUGUCGCUCUGUUGGUAAAUUGUUUUUAAAUUUUGAUUUUUUUAAAAUUUGUUUUUCUUUUUAAGUCAACUGAGUGGCCAUUUGAAAACUUUUGCCAAGAGCUAUGCCAAGAUUUGUUCCAUCAAACAUGGGAGGUUUGUCUAUAAUUAUAUUUCAUUAGAUUAGGAUUUUUCCAUUUUCUUAUUUCCAUCAACUUGCUUUUAGUAAGACUAUCUAUGUUGUGUGCAAUAUAACAAUGUUAUUUAGGGCUCAAAUGUAUUUACACACAGGUGCGCCAUGGAGCAGCUACAGGCCUGCGAGAAAUAAUAAAGGUUCAUGGACAAGGUGCUGGAAAAACUUUAGAUUCUUCUGUUGAUGAUGUAAGUAUACUAAACAAAUAAAUGCUCACAACUUAUCUGUGUUGAUAUUGCUGGCCUAUCUUUUUCUAACAGACAAUAGUUGUUCUUUUUUGUUGAUGUUUGGUUCUUUUCGACAGCUCCAGAUUCAAAAUAAAAAGUGGCUGGAAAACAUGUCUCUUCUCCUUCUUUGUGUCAUGGCACUUGAUCGUUUUGGAGAUUUUGUGAGUGAUGAGGUAAGUGUUAUUUGAAAUGUUUUAUGAUUGGGUUUUUAAAAAAAAAAUGUUUCAAAUAAAAUUAUUGGUGUAAGAGAAUUGUAUUUAGAGAAGGAGUAGGUGAAAAAUAAAGCCUUAUUCAAACUUCAAACAGUAACCACUUACCACUAAUAGAGCUUGUCUCUUAUAAUUUUCUAGUUCAUUUUUCAUGAUAUUGCCUGGUGUAGACUGUAUUUUUUUUUCUGUUUUGACAGGUUGUUGCCCCAGUUCGUGAAACUUGUGCACAGACAAUAGGAGUGAUUUUAAAGCAUGCUGAAGCUGAGAGCGUGAAGAGGGUCAUGAUGGUACUGUUGACAUUACAAGCACAGGAGGAAUGGGAAGUGCGUCAUGGAGGGCUUUUGGGACUCAAGUAUCUGAUGGCUGUCAGGCAGGUAAAUACUGAUUGAAAUAUUAAUUUUUGUAUUUCCUUUUGAAAAAAUACUUUCUGGCAGGUUUAAUGCAACAUUUUGCCUGGCUAAGAGUCUCAGUUAAAUUUACAUUACAGUUACAUUUUUGGACAUUUCAACUCUUUGAGCAUCAUUCUCAAAGUUCCUCUUGCAAAUUCAAGAUUUUAGCAGUGUGGCCCUCCAUUGCAGAAGGAUUUUCCAUUGCGUGUUCAAAAGUUACCAUAAUUAUAUACAGUGUACAGUCAUGACCUGAGAAUGCAAUGUAGUUGUGGAGCAAAGCAAAAGUAAAGAUACACAGCUGGAAGUUAUUGAGUUUAUUCAUUCCACAAUAUUAUAAACAAUUCUUAUUUUCAUCAGGAUCUGACAAAGGAUUUGUUACCACUAGUGUUGGAUCCUAUUGUAACAGCUCUCAAAGAUGAUGAUGAUGAUGUUCGGGCAGUAGCUGCAUCAGCUCUGCUUCCGGUUGCAGAGUCAUUAGUCAAAUUUGCUCCUAGUUAUGUAAGUACAGUGUGGUUUGUAGGUAGUGUAAUCUACUUUAUGCAGUUAACAUGCAUACAUGCAGUUUUGACAUGAUGUAGCUCUGUGUGGAGGUUCACCCAGUUUCUUGUAGAGUUUUUAUCAAAUCGAUAACUUGAAAAUUUUUAACCCUUUACAUCCUAACAUCAGUAUCCAUACAUUUUCUAUACUCCUCUCUACACAUUUCCUUUAGUACUGACAAGGAGAAUUUGUUUAACAAUCAAAGCUUCUUAGAUUGGCAAUCAUUUCCUUUAUUCUUAUAAUCUUAAUGACUGAUUCGGCAUUAUUACUGUAAGUAUAUGCUGGUCACUUUUAUGGUUUCACAGGUAAAUGUUAAAAGUCUGUGUACUUUGCAACAUUUUGAGCCAUUGGUUCCAAUGUGAGAUUUAAUGGAAGGGAAAUUGAAGGAAAACAUUUGAAAGGAUAGAGGCUGAUUAGAGUUAGAAAAUGUUGACGCAGGCAGCAUUAAUCACAAAUGUGAACAAUUUUCCACUCACCUUCCAGUUCAUGUCCAUGUACAUGUUUGCAACUUGCUUUUAGCUCCUUUUGAUUAAUAAUGGCCCGGUAAUUUUUACAUACUUUGAAUGACCAGGUGCAGGAAGUUCUUGUGACACUGUGGGACACACUUGUUGAGCUUGAUGACUUGACAGCUUCAACUAAUAGCAUUAUGAUGCUGCUGGCCAGAAUUUUGUCCUGUCCAUCUGUGGCUUUGCAAGGAACAGAGGGUGGUGAUGCUUCCCUUACAGAGCUAGUGCCACGGCUGUGGCCCUUUUUCCGUCACAAUAUAAAGUCUGUUAGAUUAGCAGCAUUAGAAACUCUUCAAACUCUCCUUGUUGGAAGGCUCCAAAAUGAGGUACAGUAUCUGUUUCCUAUACACUAAUUGAAUAAUGUUCAUUGGAGAAAAUUCCUGAUUGGCUUUUGAGGACUUCUAAACAAGUCUCAGGUUUGUCUUUCACCAAAAAUAGACCUCUUCCUUCACAUAAGUUGUACAGGAAAUGACUUCGCUAUAUCCUUCUUGACGUGGUCAGUUAUGGACGAUACAAAACUGCAUGUAUUUGCUUUUUUAUAAUUACAUAAUGCAAUGUACUCUUGACAAGGUUGUAGUUGUCAAAUAAUUUCCUUGUUGUUGUUAUUACUGGUAUGUCAUAAUUUAAAAAGCCAUAUAAUUAAAUGGUAAACUGUACCUUCAUUGUUUGAUAAGCUAAUAGAGAGGUUGAGGAGACAAGUACAUCAAAACUUACUGUUUAGGACUGUGACAAUGCCAUACUCUGUAUAUCCUGAACAAUGUGAGAGUUUAUCUGAGAACAAUUAUGGUAUGUACUAGAUAACUACAUUUAGUUAUAUACAUGUACCUAAUCUUCUUCUUAUUUGUAUUUUAGUCUCACAGAGAGAAGUUAUUAGAGUGUGUGUGGCUAAUGCCGAUUCUACAAGAUUCAUUGAGGCACAUUUACCAAAGAUUUAUUCUGGAAACUGAUGCUGAUGUCUUGGAGAUGGUGUACAAGGUGAUAAUUAAACUUUGUCUUUGAGAAUUUACAUUUAUUCAAAUUGUCAUGUAAUGCAUCCUGUUGAAUCAUUUAUUCCUGUGAAGAUUUGUAAUGAUAUACAGUGUAGAUUGAAAUUUCUUUGCUGAUAGUUCAACCCUCUAGAAUUUUCAACUGUGCCAAACUUCCUUUAAUUUUCAAGAUUCUUAUUAUUAUAGUAGCAAGUAGUUUCUGUUAGUUUCUUUUUGUAAAAUUUUUUUUUAGAAAGUCAUAAGGCCCUCUUCCAUCUGUAGAACUUGAAUGGUGUUAGAUAUGAUUCAAGAUAUGAAAAGUUAAAAACUGUAUAAUGUCAUGACAAUAAAGCUCCUUCCUCCCAGGUGUGGAGUGUAAUGCUUGAGAGAUCAGCUAAAAGUCUUCUUGGGAGAGUUACAAUUCCAUUCCUUAACAGUUGGCUUGGAAUGAUGAUGAUACCAGCUUACACUCCUAUUGACCAUACUGCUCUUGUGCAAGCUCUGCAUAGGACUCAGAAUAAGGUACUUGACAUGAAUUAGGACUGUAAAUAGAAUGGUAAGAGAGAUGGUAAGUUUUGAGCUUGUUAAGGAAGUAGAGAAAGAUGUUUUUUGUCUUGUCAUGAGUGUGGGAAAAAGAAAAAAACCUGAGUGCCCAUGAGGAAUUGAACCUCAGACCUUCAGAUUCUGUGCUCCAUUUCUCUACCUCUGAGCCACAGAGACUCUAUGGUGAGCAAGGUCUAUUACAAAGUUCGUAUGACAUGCUUCCAGCAUACUGCUAGGAUCAGCAAUGUCAAUAGUGUCAAGUUUGUAAAUAGAAUAAAAGAGACGAUCAGUUUUUAAGUUCGGUAAAGAAAUGGAGAAAGAUGUUUUUUGUCUUGUCACAAGAGUGGGUCAAAGAAGAAAAUGUGAAUCAAACCUCAGACCUUCGGAAUCCACACUCUGUUGCUCUAUCACUGAGCCACACAGACUCUAUGGUGAGCAAGGUCUAUUACGAAGUUCUCUGAAUGAAGAUCACUUUGUUUGAUUUAGGUUGACUUGAGCGUGUGAAGUAAAUGAUGGCAUAAUCAGUUGUAGAGAUUGGAAUCCUAGUCACUAGCUCUGGGUACAAAGCCUAGCAAGGUUGUUGUGAUGCACUUUUGGGUAACCUAAAACCAUGAAAGGGUCACAAAAAUAGAAUUUUAGUCACCUGAUGAAAAAAGAUUUUUUGUGUGUCUAUGUCAGGGGGACCGUCAUGUGGACAGAGCUCACAUGAUAAGAGGCCGACCACUUCAGGCUCAGACUGAACCUCAAUCUGAAAUGAUAGCAGGAGUGACACUGGCCACUGGCUUAGCCCAGCGAGACCUUGCAGUUUUACAAGCACGACUGGCAGCAUCAAGGUACAUGUUGAGCAUGAUGUGUAGCAACUAUAAGAUAUGCCUGUGUAGAUGUUGUACUUUAUAAUUCCUAUUAGUUUGUUUUUGUGUUUUAAACUACCAGUAAUGAGUGAUUACUGCUCUCUUUCUUGUGUCAAUUGUACAGAGCUAUUGGUCUAUUAGCAUCUCAUUAUACUGGGUGUCCGGCUGGCGAUGAUGUAGAACUUCCUCCUCUUGGUUUUCUGAUGCAAACUUUGCAGUUUCCUCUCACAUCAAACUCAGGGAUUCAGAGGAUGUGUGCAUCAUUAACAUUAGCAGAUUGGGCUGGCUGUCAAGCGGUAACUUAAUCUGUCUUGAGGUCAUGAUUCUCUCAAGUUUUUUCUUUCAUUUAUACAUAUACCUUUUAACAGGCUGUUUGAUGACAUAAAAGGAUGCAAGUACCAUAGAACUGUGUAGUAGUGCCUCCCUUGACACAAGCACCUUCUUUUGAUUGGCACCUCCCCUAUCAAAUAAAACUCAUAUUAAGCUUCUCCCUGGAUUUAUUGCCUCUUCCCCAGCUCUCCUCCCUCAUCCAUGUACAAGUACAGAGUCACAACAAUGGGCAUAUUGUUGUUGGUGAACUUUAAUUACUCUCAUCUAACCUUGCAAAUUUACACUGCAGCUGUUUCCUCCCUCCCUUGCCCACCUUGAUUAAGGGUAUCCUUGUAACAAGCAUCCUUUGUCAUUUCCUGUAUUUAAAAUUAAGUUCCUUGGACACUAAUUGGAGGAUUCACAGUUAUGGAAAAAGUGGGCCAAAAGGGGGGAUUGGCUUAUAAUAAUUGACACUAUUGGAUUCCACUUUGGAUUUGAUCCUUCUUCAGCCAUCAAUAUGUAUGUGUAGACUCUGAAUUAUUAUGUGUGUUCUAAAUAAUCUAUGUAAAGAAGCAAUGAUGAGAAAAUACUAAGUGUUCAAUUCUAAAUGACCUUUGCCGUGAAAGUGUGUGAUUUGUCUGUUUUUUUGUGGUUCUGCACUAUUAGGAAUGCAAAUGUCCUGAGGAAAAUAUUGCACAGUUAAACAAUAUUCUAUCAGAACAAAUUGUGUAUGAUGAGAUAGCUGUGCUUAACACAAGACUGCAAACAGAUUGUCAGGUGAGAAACAGAGAGCUUCUCGCAAGAUGUACUGUACACCACCAAAAGAAGUCAAGAGACUGGUGUUAUUCUCUUCAAUGCCAUUUAAAGUAGGACAUAAUUAUUUCUAACCUUUAACUCCUAGGAGUGAUUGACAUGUAGCUUCUCCCUUUAAAAUCCAUUCAUCAUUUAGCAAAGAGAUAACGAGAAUACUUAAACUUAUCAGGUAGAGGUUGUUUUCUUGAUUUAACACCAAAUUCUUGUAACUUAUUUGAAAGGAAAUGUGUAACAGCUAGAUGGGAGAAUUAACAAUCAGAUCUUGGGAGUGAAAGGGUCAAAGAGGGUAAAUAGUUAUCUACAAAAUGCAUGGAAUUUCAGUGUAAUUUUAGUGUGGAGCUCAGCUGACUUAUUUGAAUGGGAGCAUGAUCAGAAACUAGUAUAAUAAUAUGUAUGAUUAUAUUAUUUUUUUAUUUUAUAUUUAUUUAAUGUUUUCUUUUCUCAGGGCUUGUUAAACGCAUUCCGAGAGAAAGGAAUUAAUGCCUCAGCUGGUAUCCAGCCAGGGUAAGGAAUAGUUGACUUAGAUUAAUACAUCUUAGAGUACAUAUGCACAGUGCUCUUGCUUGGGACAACGCAUAACAAGCUAUAAUGGUAAAAUUUUCCCAUGGUAAAGUACUAUGUAUAAUUUGUCAGUAGCUGUUGAAAGUUACCUAGUACUUUUCAUCUUAAGGAUAAUUAAUGCCUUGGUUGUGAGAGGUAAAGGUAUAUUUAUUUAGGAAUUGUUUAUAUACUUUUUCCUGCUUGCCUUUUUAAAUAUCCAUUCAAGGUGAGAUCAAUAAUGAGUGACUUUUUUUUCAAUCUUAAGCUGCUAUACUGUUGACAGUGCUGUUAAGCUAGCCUCAGAUAUCUUCAUGGAAGUUUCUAAAAAUAUUUCACCACAAGCUCUCAAGGUUUGUGCCCUUUGAAACUAUUUUUACUUUUUUUACUCACACUCCCAAAGUACAUUUUACACAAAGUUACAUUAUACAAUUUUUAUGGUGCUUGAGAGAGACCUGUUGUGGUUGUUGGGGUUGUUGGGGUAGAAUGAUUUCUCCAUGGACUUGGCAAUUUUUUUCCACUCAUUUUUCAAUGCUCAGAAGCCACUGACAUUUUAAUCCUGUUCUCAAGGAUCAGCCAGGUUUCAGAGUCUUCUAUGCCUUGUGUUUUUAAGGCAAUGCUUUUCUUUUCACAUAGCAUUACACAAUUUAUAUUUAGGGUGCAGAGAUAAAGAGAAGGCAUUUAAUGGCAACCAUAGGACAAUUACAAUCAGAAUACCAAAAGCUACAUAUUAGGUAUGUUUUGUUUGCACCUGCUAUCAAUGGUAGCAGAUUUGUUCAGCUUCACUUUUGAUAUGAGGAUAAUGGUAGAAUAGUCUAUGCCAGUUUAAUUGUGUGGAACUUUGCUCCUCUCCUUUGUUCCUUGGAGUUGGAAAACUUGUGCAUGAAAACGUAGAGUUAUUUCUUCUAAGUUGAGUAUUUUGUAAAAGUGUAAGUUUGGCAGGCUUUGAAAUUGAUAAAACUUAAUUCCAUGAUUAACUAGUGCAUAAGUGUUUAAAAUAAAGUGAGUUUUUAAUGCAUUAAAAUUAAGGAAAAAUUUUUUGUAUGUUUUCCCCAUCCAUUCACAUAGAGCUUAUUCUCUGAUUUGGUGUCUUACAAAAUAAAGAAAUGCUGCUUUUUUUUAAGUUGUUUUGCUCUCAUUAACUUUUUUACAGAGUACAGGCAAGUGUUGCGAGCACACUGAUCUUCUUGAAUAAACUUCCCAUUAAACUGAACCCUAUAAUAAGGCCCAUCAUGGACUCUAUCAAGAAAGAAGAGCAAACCAUCAUGCAGGUCUGUGUGUAUUUUCCCUUAAUAUGUUUACUUAAUAUGAAUAAAAGUUAGUGCUAUAAGUCAUGGAUCCCCCUGACGAUUGUACUUGCUGAAACUUAAAGAUUUAUAUGAUAUAGCAAACUCAGUACAUUGUGCAACAAGAUAUUCAAUGUAAUCACUCAAACCACCAUGGAUACAAGUUGUUUUCACUUUCAGUUGUACUCUUUUCUUUUUUGCCUUUCUUUUGCCCAUCUUGAUUUAAUGAAACAGUGAAAAAUAACAAGCACUAACUCUACUUGUGAUCAGUGGAAAAUCAGUGGAGGCCAUUUUUUUUUAUGAAAUAUUGUAUAAAUCUAUUUUAAAAAAUUUGAAAUACCAAUCUUAGUAACAUGCAAAAUAUUUAUAAGUUAUAGUCACUGAAAUAUCAAUUUCUUAAUUUUUCUAUAUUUUUCUGUCAAUUGCAGACUCGAUCAGCAAAAGCAUUAGCCAAACUGUUGGAACUAUGUAUAACAAGAGAACCAGUGAUGUCCAAAUGCCAAGAUCAUUAA